UUGCGAUUAGCGAUAUGUACUCAGCUGCCGAUAGUCGGACUUCUCACUCGCACACACAUCCAAAUUAAUACGAUAAAAGGUGUUUAAGUCAAAGGCUCAUAAACUAUGGCUCUCCGACUAAUCAAUAACGCCCUGCGCCGUCAGUUGGCCGCACAGUUGCCACGCAAUGCCCAGGUCGGCAGCGUUGCUUCCGUUCACACUCUGGACAAGAUUGGCAAACGCGAGGUUGUCGGCUACGGCUGGAACGGCACAGCUUGCUACGCUGAUCGUGCGGAUUAUCCCAUGCCAGCUGUGCGCUUCCAGGAGCCAAACAAUGAAAUCAACGCUCUGCGCACCAAGGAGCAGGGUGACUGGAAGAAGCUGAGCCCACAGGAGAUCAAGGCUCUGUACCGUGCCAGUUUCUGCCAAACCAUUGCCGAGGUGCAAGCCGGCUCCGGUGAGUGGAAGAUGCACUUGGGCAUUAGCCUGAUGUUCACCGCCGCAGCCAUCUGGAUUGCCGUCAUGAUGAAUCUGUUUGUUUAUGAUGAGCUGCCUGUUACCUUCGAUGAGGAGCACCAGAAGGCGCAACUUAAGCGCAUCAUCGACUUGGAGAUGAACCCCGUCACCGGUCUGACCUCCAAGUGGGACUACGAGAACAACAAGUGGAAGAACUAAGCGCAGCCAACAGCAAUUCCAAUACAAAAGUUGUAGUUGUGUGUGUCCCGAGUAAUUAAGUGAAAAGUAAACAGUCAGGCGAUAUCUAUGCUUAAGCCGCUUAACCAAGCAAAAUGAUAACGUAGUUGAAAUUAAAGUUAUGGUCGUGACCAAACAUAAAUCAAUUAUUAAUACA